GAGGGUGAAAUAGUUGGUAACGUCAGGGUUUAGAAACCAUACGAAUACGGAAAACGCACCGCUGGGGAUGGUGUAUCAACCGUCUCCUCCUCUUUUAUAAACCCACCAACCUAUUUUCUCUUUUCCCUUCACCUCAAUCUCUUCUCCUCAUGCAUGGAAAUCUCUCUCUCUCUCUCUCUCUCUCUCUCUCUCUCUCUCUCUGUAAAAGAUCUGCUCUUCAUCAUCUUCUGACCGACGAGGUAUAAUCCGACCAAUCGGAGACGAACGGACGAUCUUAGCACGCCCACGUACGUUAGCCGGCUGAUCAAAGAUCCUCUAUUCGCGCCUCUCGUUGUAGCCUUACAGCAGUCACGGGAAAAGAUAUGAAGGUGUUCGCGGCUAAGGUUGAAGAGGGCAUCAGAGGGGAAGAAGGGAAGCCGUCGGUGGGUCCCAUCUACCGGAAUCUUCUCUCUGAGAAUGGCUUCCCUCCUCUUGAUCCCAACAUCUCCACUGCUUGGGACAUCUUCAGCAAUUCGGCGAAAGAGUAUCCCGGGAACAAGAUGCUCGGAUGGCGUCGAGUUGUCGAUGGAAAGGUUGGACCGUACGUCUGGAAAACAUACAAGGAGGCAUACGAGGAGGUUCUACGGAUCGGUUCUGCUUUACGAGCUGCAGGAGCUGAACCUGGAAGCAGGGUGGGAAUCUAUGGAGUGAACUGUCCGCAGUGGAUCAUAGCCAUGGAGGCAUGUGCCGCUCACAGCUUAAUCUGCGUGCCUCUCUAUGAUACAUUAGGUCCCGGAGCCGUAGAUUACAUCGUCAACCAUGCGGAUAUCGAUGUCGUGUUUGUCCAAGACAAGAAGAUUCAGGGACUUCUGAGUCCAGAAUGCAAGUCGGUGAAACGGCUAAAGGCAAUAGUUUCCUUCACGGAUGUGUCGGCGGAACAAAGCCACAAGGCUUCCCACACCGGUCUCAAAGCAUACUCGUGGGACGACUUCCUCCUCUUGGGAAGAGAAAGACCGGAAGAGAUAAGGCCACCGGAGCCGUGCAACGUAUGCACGAUAAUGUACACGAGCGGGACGAGUGGUGAACCUAAAGGCGUGGUUCUAACCCAUGAAGCCGUCGCUGUCUUCGUUCGAGGCGUCGAUCUCUUCAUGGACCAAUUCGAUGACAAGAUGACAACCGACGACGUGUAUCUGUCGUUUCUGCCAUUGGCUCAUAUAUUGGACCGCAUGAACGAGGAGUACUUCUUCCGGAAAGGUGCUGCCAUCGGCUACUACCACGGGGAUCUGAACGCUCUAAGGGAUGACAUUCAAGAACUAAAGCCGACAUAUAUAGCUGGAGUUCCAAGGGUGUUCGAGAGAAUCCACGAAGGCAUUCAAAAGGCUGUCCAAGAACUCAACCCCAGAAGGAGAUUCAUCUUCAACUCUCUCUACAAAUACAAGCUCAAAUGGAUGAAUCGGGGGUAUAGUCAGAAAAAUGCCUCUCCCAUGGCUGAUCUGAUAGCUUUCAGAAAGGUUAAAGACAGAUUGGGAGGUAGGAUCCGGUUGCUGGUGUCCGGAGGAGCACCGUUAAGCCCUGAGAUCGAAGAGUUCUUGAGAGUUACUUGCUGUUGCUUCGUCACACAAGGCUACGGUCUGACAGAGACGCUGGGAGGGACGGCGGUGGGGCAUCCAGACGAGAUGUGUAUGCUCGGAACGGUUGGAGUUCCGUCAGUCUACAAUGAGUUACGGCUGGAAGAGGUCCCGGAGAUGGGCUACGACCCUCUCGGUGACAAUCCCUCCGGCGAGAUCUGCAUCCGUGGCAAGUGUCUUUUUACUGGCUAUUACAAGAACCCUGAACUCACCAGAGAAGUCAUGAAAGAUGGAUGGUUCCACACAGGGGAUAUAGGGCAGAUUCUUCCAAACGGAGUUCUCAAGGUUAUCGACAGGAAGAAGAAUCUGAUCAAACUCUCGCAAGGAGAGUACGUGGCCCUCGAACACUUGGAGAAUGUGUUCGGGCAAAACCCAGUCGUCGAAGAUAUAUGGGUAUAUGGAGACAGCUUCAAAUCGAAGCUUGUAGCGGUGGUUGUCCCGAACCCAGAAAGCGUGGAACUGUGGGCGAAGGCUAACGGACUAUCAAAAGGUUUCGACGAACUGUGUUCUCUGCCCGAGCUCCGACAGCACAUUCUGUCCGAACUGAAAUCCACGGCCGAGAAGAACAUGCUGAGGGGCUUUGAGCAUAUAAAGGCGGUGGCCGUGGAGGCUAUACUUUUUGACGUGGAGAGAGACUUGGUGACGGCUACGCUGAAAAAACGAAGGAACUAUCUUCUCAAUUAUUAUCAGGCGAAAAUUGAUGAAAUGUACCGAGAAUUGGCCGCCGCAACACGUUGAAGUUAUCUCACGGACGACCGUUUGGUGGAGGCGCGCAGUCUCUUUGAUCAGAACACUAGAUCGCUUGACAACGCGACAUGGAACACGAUGAUCAACGCGUAUGUCCGACGCCGCCGAAUAAGGGAGGCCCACGAACUGUUCGAUCAAAUGCCUCAGAGGGACGUCGCGUCGUGGAAUGCCUUGUUAAUGGGUUUGACUGAGACCAGAGAUCCAGAAAGAGUUGUUUGGUUUUUCCUGGAGAUGCAGAGAUCUGGGUUGAACCCAGAUGAGCAUACUAUUUCGGUACUAGUGAACACGGUUUCGGGUUCUUCGUUUAAGAUUUUGAUCGAGCAAAUACACGCGCUUGCUAUUUGUUCAGGGCUUAAUCUGAGCGCGUAUGCCGGGUCUGCGUUGCUUAAGGGUUACUCCAGUAUAAAGAAUCCAACAGCUUUACAACGAA